AUGUCCGAUAUUUCAGAUGUGUACACAUCUUUAGAAACAGACUGCGACGUUCAGUCGAUGUCUGAUUCAGAUACGAGUUCAGAUGAAGAUCUGAUGGAGCAUUUAGAAGAUGACAUUAUCAAUUGGCUCCGGUACUGUAGAAUAGCACAGCGAAUUGUUCGCGACUACUUGGCACCGAAUAGAGCACGUAGCUUGUCAUCUCUAAUGAUGCAUUCAUUGGACCUGAGAAGUAGAGCAGUGCCACCCUUCUCGGUAAAUUGUUUCUGUAACUUUUUAUGGAUUGCAGCACAAAGCAUGAACCAUACUGAUUAUGAUCAAGCGGAUUUGGUGACCAAAGUGAGGGAAUCAAUACAAAGAAUUGACGAAAAUUUCGUGAAAAGGAUGCAUGGGUGA